ACAGCUCAGUGCGCAUGCUCCCUCCCACGCUACACAGCUCAGUGCGUAGGCGUACAACAAGUAGCUAGCAUCAAUGGCGUUCCCGGCCGCCUCCUCGGUCCACCUCGUCCUCCUCGCCGCCUUCACUGCUGGCGCCAGCGCGGCCACCUUCACCAUCGUAAACAACUGCGGCUUCACGGUGUGGCCGGCGGCCAUCCCGGUCGGCGGCGGCUUGCAGCUCAACCCGGGCCAGACGUGGACACUCAACGUGCCUGCCGGCACCAGCUCCUGCAGGAUCUGGGGCCGCACCGGAUGCUCGUUCAACGGCGGCAGCGGGAGCUGCCAGACCGGAGACUGCGCGGGCGCGCUCUCCUGCACCCUCUCCGGGAAGCCCCCCACGACGCUGGCCGAGUUCUCCAUCGGCGGCGCCACCGACUUCUACGACAUCUCGGUGAUCGACGGCUACAACCUGGCCAUGGACUUCUCCUGCAGCAACGGCGACGCCCUCCGGUGCAGGGACUCCGGUUGCCCGGACGCGUACCACCAGCCCGGCGACAGGAAGACCCAUUCCUGCAGUGGCAACAACAAUUACCAGGUGAUCUUUUGCCCAUGAGGCAAUUAAUGGUCCAACGCACACCAUGACAUGCAUGUAUUGUCACAUACGUACUCUAGCUAGCCGCUGUACGUACGUACGAGUGGGAAAUCAUGUUGGUGAAUAAGACGAUAUAUAUAUCGUCAAGUCGUGCAUGCAGCUGCAGGUGUUACGCAUAUGUACCUUCAAAAUUUGGACGAUGCCUUUCUCAAAUACAUAUAUAAUAUUUCUAGACAAACACAAAAUAUGUAACAGGCUCUGUUCUUGCCUUGUUGAUGGAGAUCCAGGACGACUCAUGAGCACGUAAUGACAAGCAAGGCCAGCAAAACGAAAAAUAAUGCACCCUUGAUACUAUAUAUAUAUAGACACACGCUAGUACACU